UCGUUCCGAUCAGCGCCACACGGGGACAACCUCGCCAGGGACGAACGACUUUGGAACAGUUAAACAGAAAGAGGACAAGAAAAGAAUAAAAAAAUGGCGGCGCACAUGGCGCGAACUUCAAGAACGGGCGAGCGGGUUGCCAUGCCCCCCCCCGGUUCUCUUCUAAAAAGGAGAGAGGGUGUAGCGUCUCGGUAUUCUAGGAUUCCCCUUCGCCCUUCACCACCCUUCGUUUCUCUCCCUCCGAAUCCUCUCGCGAUCUCUCUUUUCCCUCCCUUUGAUCUCUUCGCGUAAAGAAAGCGAAAGAGCGAACCGUGAUAUUCUUGGACUUUGGUAGUCGUUGGUCUUGGUCACGUUCUUGGUGGAGUUUUUCUCUGCGUCGAAAGCUGAGAAAAGGAGGAGGAGAAGAAAAACCCUUUGAACUGCAAUGACAACUGUUCUUCCAGCUGGAAGUGGCACUUUGCACUACAGUGUGACGAUCUACAAGGGGCAAAAUCUUCGUCGAAAUUCUUGUGUUUCAGUCACAGCAUUUAAAAGAUGCAUGCAGAAAGAUCUUUCAUGGUCACAUGGGGUAUCAAAAUCCUUAAAGACCCAGAGAUAUAACUUCUCUUGUUACCCAUUCUAUGCAAGCUGGAAGCCGAGUAGAACAGCUGUUAAUUCGUGCUUAGAAGAUGGUUCUACAAAAUUUUUUGAUUUUGUGGUCAUUGGAAGUGGGGUGGCUGGCCUGCGGUAUGCUCUUGAAGUGGCAAAACAUGGAUCUGUUGCCGUGAUUACGAAGGCUGAGCCUCAUGAGAGCAACACAAAUUAUGCUCAGGGCGGUGUUAGUGCUGUGCUCUGUCCUUCGGAUUCUGUAGAGAGCCACAUGAGGGACACAAUUGUUGCAGGUGCUUAUCUAUGUGAUGAGGAGACUGUUCGGGUUGUUUGUACAGAAGGACCUGACAGAAUUCGAGAAUUGAUUGCCAUGGGAGCAUCAUUUGAUCAUGGGGAGGAUGGGAACCUGCAUCUAGCAAGGGAGGGGGGCCACUCGCAUCACAGAAUUGUUCAUGCUGCUGAUAUGACUGGGAAAGAGAUUGAGCGGGCUUUGCUCGAAGCGGUUGUAAAUGAUCCCAACAUUUCUAUGUUCCAACAUCAUUUUGCAGUAGAUUUACUCACCUCUCAGGAUGGUUCUGAGACAGUUUGUCAUGGCGUUGACACUUUAAACACUGAAACUCUGGAGGUAGUGAGGUUCAUUUCGAAGGUGACUUUGCUUGCAUCAGGUGGGGCUGGACAUAUAUAUCCGACAACCACAAAUCCUCCGGUGGCUACUGGAGAUGGGAUAGCCAUGGCUCAUCGGGCUGAGGCUGUGAUUUCUAAUAUGGAGUUUGUGCAGUUCCAUCCUACUGCCUUAGCAGACGAAGGGUUGCCCAUUAAACCAGAGAAGAGCCGGGAAAAUGCUUUUCUCAUCACCGAAGCUGUCAGAGGUGAUGGUGGAAUACUUUACAAUCUGGCCAAGGAAAGGUUCAUGCCUUUAUAUGAUGAGAGAGAAGAGCUUGCCCCGAGGGAUGUGGUUGCGAGAAGUAUUGAUGAUCAGCUUAAAAAACGGAAUGAGAAGUAUGUGCUUCUCGACAUAAGUCACAAACCCAGAGAGCAAAUUCUAGCACAUUUUCCCAACAUAGCUGCUGAGUGCCUCAAGUAUGGUCUAGACAUAACUAGCCAGCCAAUCCCUGUAGUUCCUGCUGCUCAUUACAUGUGUGGUGGGGUCCGUGCUGGACUCCAAGGUGAGACUAAUGUUAGAGGCCUUUAUGUGGCUGGUGAGGUUGCUUGCACUGGACUGCAUGGAGCGAACAGACUGGCCAGCAAUUCUUUGCUUGAGGCACUGGUGUUUGCUCGAAGAGCUGUGCAGCCCUCAAUAGAUCACAUGAGUCAGUCCGGCUUUUACAUCGGUCCAUCGAGCCGGUGGGCGCCAGUCAUGCCCUCUUCCCUCCGGAGCAGCAUCAUGGAUGACAUUUUGAACGUUACAAAGCAAGUGAGGAAGGACCUGCAAUCUAUCAUGUGGGAGUAUGUAGGAAUCGUUAGGUCCACCACGAGAUUAGAGAGUGCGGAGGAAAAGAUCCAUGAGUUGGAGACUCGAUGGGAGAAGUUCUUGUUUCAGCGAGGAUGGGAACCGACUAUGGUUGCGCUCGAGGCCUGUGAAAUGAGGAAUCUCUUUUGUUGCGCGAAGCUGGUGGUGAGCAGCGCCCUGGCCAGGCAUGAGAGUCGUGGCCUCCAUUAUACAAUCGAUUUCCCUCAUGUGGAGGAAAGUAUGAGGCUCCCGACAAUUAUUCUCCCGUGUUCGACCGUCAAUACCACGUGGAGCUCGCGGCAACUGCACAGGCAGCCGGUUUAAUAACUGGUGCAGAUUAACUUUUCUUUGAUGCUAUUAUUUUCUUUCGCACUUUUAGUCCCUAUAAUCAUUGGUUAGGGGCUGUAAUUUAUUCAAGCUAGAAUUUGUAUUUAAAGGUCACACAGAAGAAAUGAAUCACAGCAAAGGUCAUCUGGUUGUUUUUUUUACUGCCAAAAUUAUUGAUUUGAUUGCUACUGAAAAUGGCGUAUUGAUUGUCCUCAAAGAAAAGUUUCAUGAGGAACCAUGCUCUGUUUUACAUA